UCUCCAACAUUAUGAGGAAGAACGGCGACGGUUCUUCUCCCAAGUCUCCGGACGGAGGAGUUGUGUCACGAUCAGCUCGUAGCUCCUUUCGUGCUUUGUCUAAUUGCCUUCGUGUGAUUUCAUCUGGUGCUUCUACUGUUGCUCGUUCCGCUGUUUCUGCUGCUUCUUCCGCCGUCAGAGACGUUGAUUCUCAUCACGAUCAGGUACUAUGGGCGGGGUUUGAUAAGCUAGAGAAAGAGGAUGGUGAUGCUCGAAGAGUUCUUUUACUAGCAUUUCAGUCUGGGUUUCAAGUUUGGGAUGUUGAAGAUACUGAGAAUGUUCAUGUUAUAGUUUCUGCAUAUGAUGGUCAAGCGUCCUUUAUGCAAAUGCUACCCAAUCCAUUAAACUCUGGAGUGUUAGAUGAUAGGUUCUAUGAGAGCCGUCCGCUUUUGGCUGUGUGUGGUGACAGUUCUUGGGAGGAUAAGUCAAGUAAACAGAUUAGUUCUGAGGAUCCUGGAAGUGAAACCGUAGUUGUUCCUACUAAUGUCUAUGUCUACUCGUUAAAGUCUCAGUCUUAUGUGCAAACUUUGAAAUUCCGGUCUACCGUUUACUCGGUUAGGUGCAGUUCUCGGAUUGUUGCUGUACUACAAGCAGCUCAGAUACAUUGCUUUGAUGCUUCAACAUUGGAAAUGGAUUACACGAUUGUCACUAACUCCAUUGUGUGUGGCUCAUUGGGUGUUGGAUAUGGCCCUCUUGCUGUUGGUCCACGAUGGAUUGCGUAUAGCGGAAGUCGUAUUGCUGACUCAAGUUCUGCAAUUUUCACUUCAGAACUUCUCUCACUGUCGUCAUCACCCAGUGUUGCACAAUUUGCUAGAGAAUCGAGUAAGCAGCUCGCCUCAGGGAUAGUAAAUCUUGGAGACAAAGGGUACAAGUCAUUGUCUCGAUACUGCUCAGAGGUUCUGCCCAAUCCAUAUAUUCCUGGUUUGAAAAGCAUUGGAGUUGUUAAUGAAAAUGUGCCAGAUGCAGAUAGCAUAGGAAUGGUUAUUGUCAAAGAUAUCACAAACAAAAGCGUCAUAACACAGUUUAAGGCACACAAGAGUCCAAUAUCAGCUUUGUGCUUUGAUCCAAGCGGCAUGCUUUUGGUGUCUGCUUCGAUUCAGGGGCACAAUAUUAACGUCUUUAGAAUAAUGCCAACAAUCUCUACUAGCAAGGAUGUGAACCCAAAGACUUUUGCCCAUCUUUUCAGGCUUCAACGCGGUUUUACUAAUGCGGUGAUACAAGACAUCUGUUUCAGCAAUGAUAGCAAUUUGAUAGUGGUUAGCUCUUCAAGAGGGACAAGUCAUCUGUUUGAGAUUAACCCUGAGAAAGAAGGAGAUACCCCGGUUCCUUUAUCUGCAAUCAAUAGGAUAAGAAGCAAAAACAGCAGCGGAUGGAUUGGAACAAUGAGUGAUGCAGCAUCUGCAGCAGCUGGAAUGGUUGGAGGCUCUGUUCCGGGUGCAAUCACAUCCUCUUUCUGUUACUCCGAUGAAAAGAGUAACAAUAACUACUAUGGUUCUCCUGUUGAUUUUUGCUCCAAGACGAAUCUUCUGGUUUUUGCUCCUUCUGGAUGUCUGACACAGUAUGCCUUACGUGAGCAUUCGGUUGGUGUUGGUCAUGAGAAUGCNCUUCUACUGUUGCUCGUACUAUGGGCGGGGUUUGAUAAGCUAGAGAAAGAGGAUGGUGAUGCUCGAAGAGUUCUUUUACUAGCAUUUCAGUCUGGGUUUCAAGUUUGGGAUGUUGAAGAUACUGAGAAUGUUCAUGUUAUAGUUUCUGCAUAUGAUGGUCAAGCGUCCUUUAUGCAAAUGCUACCCAAUCCAUUAAACUCUGGAGUGUUAGAUGAUAGGUUCUAUGAGAGCCGUCCGCUUUUGGCUGUGUGUGGUGACAGUUCUUGGGAGGAUAAGUCAAGUAAACAGAUUAGUUCUGAGGAUCCUGGAAGUGAAACCGUAGUUGUUCCUACUAAUGUCUAUGUCUACUCGUUAAAGUCUCAGUCUUAUGUGCAAACUUUGAAAUUCCGGUCUACCGUUUACUCGGUUAGGUGCAGUUCUCGGAUUGUUGCUGUACUACAAGCAGCUCAGAUACAUUGCUUUGAUGCUUCAACAUUGGAAAUGGAUUACACGAUUGUCACUAACUCCAUUGUGUGUGGCUCAUUGGGUGUUGGAUAUGGCCCUCUUGCUGUUGGUCCACGAUGGAUUGCGUAUAGCGGAAGUCGUAUUGCUGACUCAAGUUCUGCAAUUUUCACUUCAGAACUUCUCUCACUGUCGUCAUCACCCAGUGUUGCACAAUUUGCUAGAGAAUCGAGUAAGCAGCUCGCCUCAGGGAUAGUAAAUCUUGGAGACAAAGGGUACAAGUCAUUGUCUCGAUACUGCUCAGAGGUUCUGCCCAAUCCAUAUAUUCCUGGUUUGAAAAGCAUUGGAGUUGUUAAUGAAAAUGUGCCAGAUGCAGAUAGCAUAGGAAUGGUUAUUGUCAAAGAUAUCACAAACAAAAGCGUCAUAACACAGUUUAAGGCACACAAGAGUCCAAUAUCAGCUUUGUGCUUUGAUCCAAGCGGCAUGCUUUUGGUGUCUGCUUCGAUUCAGGGGCACAAUAUUAACGUCUUUAGAAUAAUGCCAACAAUCUCUACUAGCAAGGAUGUGAACCCAAAGACUUUUGCCCAUCUUUUCAGGCUUCAACGCGGUUUUACUAAUGCGGUGAUACAAGACAUCUGUUUCAGCAAUGAUAGCAAUUUGAUAGUGGUUAGCUCUUCAAGAGGGACAAGUCAUCUGUUUGAGAUUAACCCUGAGAAAGAAGGAGAUUCUCCGGUUCCUUUAUCUGCAAUCAAUAGGAUAAGAAGCAAAAACAGCAGCGGAUGGAUUGGAACAAUGAGUGAUGCAGCAUCUGCAGCAGCUGGAAUGGUUGGAGGCUCUGUUCCGGGUGCAAUCACAUCCUCUUUCUGUUAUUCCGAUGAAAAGAGUAACAAUAACUACUAUGGUUCUCCUGUUGAUUUUUGCUCCAAGACGAAUCUUCUGGUUUUUGCUCCUUCUGGAUGUCUGACACAGUAUGCGUUACGUGAGCAUUCGGUUGGUGUUGGUCAUGAGAAUGCGGCGAUGACAGGGUUUGAUUUUGAGUCUGGUUUAGAGACUGAAGGAAAACUAGCGUGGACUCUAGAAGUAAAGUGUUUCCGGAGGUUGUUAGAAAACAGAGCGUUGAGGAAGCUUGGAAAGUAA